CUCCUCCGCCGGCGACGGCGCUGCGUCACGGGCUUUCAAGCGCUUCGCUCCUGGAGACGCCGACCGCCGUGGGCCUCAGGCUGGCCUCCCGCGCGUCAGGAGCCGGGUUGGCGGCGCGAUGCGGCGCAGCAAGGCCGACGUGGAGCGGUACAUCGCCUCGGUGCAGGGCUCCGCCCCGUCGCCCCGAGAGAAGUCAAUGAAAGGAUUCUAUUUUGCAAAGCUGUACUAUGAAGCUAAAGAAUAUGAUCUUGCUAAAAAAUACAUAUCUACAUAUAUUAAUGUGCAAGAAAGGGAUCCCAAAGCUCACAGAUUUCUCGGUCUUCUUUAUGAAGUGGAGGAAAACAUAGACAAAGCUGUUGAAUGUUAUAAGCGUUCAGUGGAAUUAAACCCAACACAAAAAGAUCUUGUGUUGAAGAUUGCAGAAUUGCUUUGUAAAAAUGAUGUUACUGAUGGAAGAGCAAAAUAUUGGGUUGAAAAAGCAGCUAAACUUUUCCCAGGAAGUCCUGCAAUUUAUAAACUAAAGGAACAGCUUUUAGAUUGUAAAGGUGAAGAUGGAUGGAAUAAACUUUUUGACUUGAUUCAGUCAGAACUCUUUGCAAGACCCGAUGAUGUCCAUGUGAACAUCCGACUAGUAGAGCUGUAUCGCUCAAAUAAAAGAUUGAAGGAUGCUGUGGCCCACUGCCAUGAGGCAGAGAGAAACAUAGCUUUGCGUUCAAAUUUAGAAUGGAAUUCAUGUGUUGUACAGACACUUAAGGAGUAUCUGGAAUCUUUACAGUGUUUGGAGUCUGAUAAAAGUGACUGGCGAGCAACGAAUAAAGACUUACUUCUGGCAUAUGCUAACCUUAUGCUUCUUACACUCUCUGCUAGAGAUGUACAAGAAAGUAGAGAAUUAUUGGCAAGUUUUGAUAGUGCUCUUCAGUCUGUGAAAUCUUCUGUGGGUGGAAGUGAUGAGCUCUCAGCUACUUUCUUAGAAAUCAAAGGACAUUUCUACAUGCAUGCUGGUUCUCUGCUUUUGAAGAUGGGUCAGCAUAGUGAUGUGCAAUGGCGAGCGCUCUCUGAGCUGGCUGCCCUGUGCUAUCUCAUAGCAUUUCAGGUUCCAAGACCAAAGAUUAAAUUAAUAAAAGGAGAAGCUGGACAAAAUCUGCUAGAAAUAAUGGCCUUUGAUCGUCUGAGCCAAUCAGGGCACAUGCUGCUAAACCUAAGUCGUGACAAGCAAGAUUUUUUAAAAGAGGUUGUAGAAUCCUUUGCAAAUAAAAGUGGGCAGUCUGCUUUAUAUGAUGCUCUGUUUUCUAGUCAGUCACCCAAGGAUAGAUCUUUCCUUGGUAGCGAUGAUAUUGGAAACAUUGAUGUACAAGCCCCACAACCUGAUGAUCUGGCUAGAUAUGAUAUUGGUGCCAUUCGAGCACAUAAUGGUAGUCUUCAGCACCUUACCUGGCUUGGCUUACAGUGGAAUUCGUUGCCUACCUUACCUGCAAUUCGAAAAUGGCUGAAACAGCUUUUUCAUCAUUUACCCCAGGAAACCUCCAGACUUGAAACGAAUGCACCAGAAUCAAUAUGUAUCUUAGAUCUUGAAGUAUUUCUGCUUGGAGUAAUAUACACCAGCCACUUACAGUUAAAGGAGAAAUGUAAUUCUCACUACAGCUUCUGUCAGCCACUGUGCUUGCCAUUUCCUGUGUGUAAACAGCUUUGUACAGAAAGACAAAAAUCUUGGUGGGAUGCAGUUUGUAGUCUCAUUCACAGAAAAGCAAUACCUGGAACCUCAGCAAAAUUACGACUUUUAGUUCAGCAUGACAUAAACACUCUGAGAGGCCAGGAAAAACAUGGUCUUCAACCUGCUCUGCUUAUACAUUGGGCAAAAUGCCUCCAGAAAACGGGCAGCAGUCUUAAUUCUUUUUAUGAUCAACGGGAAUACAUAGGCAGAAGUGUUCAUUAUUGGAGGAAGGUUUUACCAUUGUUGAAGACAAUCAAAAAGAAGAGCAGUAUUCCUGAACCUACUGACCCUCUGUUUAAACAUUUUCAUAGUGCAGACAUUCAGGCAUCUGAAAUUGGUGAAUAUGAAGAAGAAGCACACAUCACGUUUGCUAUAUUGGAUGCAGUUAAUGGAAAUAUAGACGAUGCUAUGACUACUUUUGAAUCUAUAAAAAAUGUUGUUUCUUAUUGGAAUCUUGCACUGAUUUUUCACAGGAAAGCAGAAGACAUUGAAAAUGAUGCUCUUUCUCCUGAAGAACAAGAAGAAUGCAAGAAUUAUCUGAGAAAGAGCAGGGACUACCUAAUAAAGAUUUUAGAUGACAGUGAUUCAAAUCUUUCAGUGGUUAAGAAAUUGCCUGUGCCCCUGGAGUCUGUAAAAGAGAUGCUUAAUUCAGUCAUGCAGGAACUCGAUGACUAUAUUGAAGGAGGUCCUCUUUAUAAAAAUGGUUCUUUGCGGACUACAGAUUCAGAAAUAAAAUAUUCUACGCCGUCUCCCACCAAAUAUUCUCUAUCACCAAGUAAAAGUUACAAGUAUUCUCCCAAAACACCACCACGAUGGGCAGAAGAUCAAAAUUCUUUACUGAAAAUGAUCUGCCAACAAGUAGAAGCCAUUAAGAAAGAAAUGCAAGAGUUGAAACUAAAUAGCAGUAACUCAGGGUCUCCUCAUCGUUGGCCUACAGAGAAUUAUGGACCAGAUUCAGUGCCUGAUGGAUAUCAGGGAUCACAGACUUUUCAUGGGGCCCCGCUAACAGUUGCAACUACUGGCCCUUCAGUAUAUUAUAGUCAGUCACCAGCAUAUAAUUCCCAGUAUCUUCUCAGACCAGCAGCUAAUGUUACUCCCACAAAGGGUUCUUCCAAUAUAGACUCUAAGUCAACAAAAGAAGGAUUUAGUUUUUCUAUUCCAGUGUCUGCUGAUGGAUUUAAAUUUGGCAUUCAGGAGCCAGGAAAUCAAGAGAAGAAGAGUGAAAAGCCCCUUGGAAAUGACACUGGUUUUCAGGCUCAGGAUGUUAGUAGUCAGAAGAAUGAUAGUGGUGUGAUUUUUGGUCAGACUGGUAGCACUUUUACCUUUGCAGAUCUUGCAAAAUCAGCUUCAGGAGAAGGAUUUCAAUUUGGCAAAAAAGACCCUAAUUUCAAGGGAUUUUCAGGUGCUGGAGAAAAAUUAUUCUCAUCACAAAGUGACAAAAUGGCUGAUAAAGCUGACACUUCUGCUGACUUUGAGAAAGAUGAUGAUGCCUAUAAGACUGAGGACAGUGAUGACAUCCAUUUUGAACCAGUAGUUCAAAUGCCUGAAAAAGUAGAACUUGUAACUGGAGAAGAAGAUGAAAAAGUUCUUUAUUCACAGCGGGUAAAAUUAUUUAGAUUUGAUGCUGAGAUAAGUCAGUGGAAAGAAAGGGGUUUGGGGAACUUAAAAAUUCUCAAAAACGAAGUCAAUGGCAAAUUAAGAAUGCUGAUGCGAAGAGAACAAGUACUAAAAGUGUGUGCUAAUCACUGGAUAACGACUACAAUGAACCUGAAGCCUCUCUCUGGAUCAGAUAGAGCAUGGAUGUGGUUAGCUAGUGAUUUUUCUGAUGGUGAUGCCAAACUAGAGCAGCUGGCGGCAAAAUUUAAAACGCCGGAGCUGGCUGAAGAAUUCAAGCAGAAAUUUGAGGAAUGCCAGCGACUUCUAUUAGAUAUACCACUUCAAACUCCCCAUAAACUUGUAGAUACUGGCAGAGCGGCCAAGUUAAUACAGAGAGCUGAAGAAAUGAAGAGUGGCCUAAAAGAUUUCAAAACAUUUUUGACAAAUGAUCAAGCAAAAGUCACUGACAAAGAGAGUAAGAGUUCAGAUGUGGUUCCUGCCAGUACUCCAGACACAACCAACAAGCCAAAUCCUGAGAACACUGGGCCGACAUUAGAGUGGGAUAACUAUGAUUUAAGGGAAGAUGCUUUGGAUGAUAGUGUAAGUAGUAGCUCAGUACAUGCUUCACCUUUGGCAAGUAGCCCUGUGAGAAAAAAUCUCUUCCGCUUUGGUGAGUCAACAACAGGAUUUAACUUCAGCUUUAAAUCUGCUUUGAGUCCAUCUAAAUCUCCUGCCAAAUUGAAUCAGAGUGGGGCUUCAGUUGGCACUGAUGAAGAAUCUGAUGUUACUCAAGAAGAAGAGAGAGAUGGACAGUACUUUGAACCUGUUGUACCUUUACCUGAUCUAGUUGAAGUGUCCAGUGGUGAGGAAAACGAACAAGUUAUUUUUAGUCACAGAGCAAAACUCUAUAGGUAUGAUAAAGAUGUUGGUCAGUGGAAAGAAAGAGGCAUUGGUGAUAUAAAGAUUUUACAAAAUUAUGAUAAUAAGCAAGUUCGAAUAGUAAUGAGAAGGGACCAGGUAUUAAAACUUUGUGCCAAUCACAGAAUAACUCCAGACAUGACUUUGCAAAAUAUGAAAGGGACAGAAAGAGUGUGGGUGUGGACUGCAUGUGACUUUGCAGACGGAGAAAGAAAAGUAGAACAUUUAGCUGUCCGUUUUAAACUACAGGAUGUUGCAGACUCAUUUAAGAAAAUAUUUGAUGAAGCAAAAGUAGCCCAAGAAAAAGAUACUUUGAUAACACCUCAUGUUUCUCGAUCGACCACUCCCAGAGAGUCACCAUGUGGCAAAAUUGCUGUAGCCAUGUUAGAAGAAACCACAAGAGAAAGGACGGAUUUAAUUCAGGGUGACGAUAUAGCAGAUGCAUCUUCAGAAGUUGGAGAAGUGUCUAGCACAUCUGAAAUAACAACAAAGGCAGUGGUUUCUCCUCCCAAGUUUGUAUUUGGUUCCGAGUCUGUUAAAAGCAUUUUUAGUAGUGAAAAAUCAAAACCAUUUGCAUUUGGCAACAGUUCAGCUACUGGGUCUUUGUUUGGAUUUAGUUUUAAUGCACCUUUGAAAAAUAACAAUAGUGAAACUAAUUCAGUAGUCCAGAGUGGAUCUGAAAGAAAAGUGGAACCUGAUAGUUGCGAAGAGUCAAAGAACUCUGAUACCGAACAAUCUUCAGAUGGCAAAGUCAAAAAUCUCUUUGCUUCUUUUCCAAAGGAAGAGUCCUCAACUAAAUACACAUUUAAAACACCAGAAAAGGGAUUUAAUUUUAGCCUUUUUAAAUCUAAUCCAAUGGCUUUUUGGACCAGCACCCCUUCCUUACAGCCUGAGGACAAAGCAGAAGAGAAGAAAAAACCUGAAGAUCUUCCUUCAGAUGAUGAUGUUCUCAUCGUAUAUGAGCUAACCCCAACCCCCGAGCAAAAAGCUCUUGCAAGCCAACUUCAACUUCCUCCAACUUUCUUCUGCUAUAAGAAUAGACCAGAUUAUGUUAGUGAAGAGGAGGAGGAUGAUGAAGAUUUUGAAACAGCUGUCAAGAAACUUAAUGGAAAACUGUAUCUGGAUGACUCAGAAAAAUGUAGACCAUUGGAAGAAAAUCUAACGGAUAAUGAGAAAGAAUGUGUUAUUGUUUGGGAAAAGAAACCAACAGUUGAAGAGAAGGCAAAAGCAGAUACAUUAAAACUUCCACCUACGUUUUUUUGUGGAGUCUGCAGUGACACUGAUGAGGACAAUGGAAAUGGUGAAGACUUUCAGUCAGAGCUUCAAAAAGUUCAGGAAGCUCAAAAAUCCCAGAAUGAGGAAAUAACUAGCACGGCUGACAGUGUGUGUACAGGUGGGACUAAAGUGACUGUACCGUUUUUAUGUAAGUCUGAAGAACCUGAUUUUAUUACCAAAUCUGUUAGUUCACCACCUAUUUCUUCUGGAACUGUGGACAAACCUGUAGAUUUGUCUACUAGAAAGGAAAAUGAUGCAGAUUCUACAAGCCAAGUGGAAAACAAAACAGUUGCAUUUGGAUUUGGAAGUAGCACAGGGCUGUCAUUUGCAGACUUGGCUUCCAGUAAUUCUGGGGAUUUUGCUUUUGGUUCCAAAGAUAAAAAUUUCCAGUGGGCAAAUACUGGAGCAGCUGUGUUUGGAACACAGUCAACCAGUAAAGUUGGUGAAGAUGAAGAUGGUAGUGAUGAAGAAGUAGUUCAUAAUGAAGAUAUCCAUUUUGAACCAAUAGUUUCCUUACCAGAGGUAGAAGUAAAAUCUGGAGAAGAAGAUGAAGAAGUUUUGUUUAAAGAGAGAGCCAAACUUUAUAGAUGGGAUCGAGAUGUCAGUCAGUGGAAGGAGCGUGGUGUUGGAGAUAUAAAGAUUCUUUGGCAUACAAUGAAGAAUUACUAUCGGAUCCUAAUGAGAAGAGACCAAGUCUUUAAAGUGUGUGCAAACCAUGUUAUUACCAAAACAAUGGAAUUAAAACCUUUAAAUGUUUCAAACAAUGCUUUGGUUUGGACUGCUUCAGAUUAUGCUGAUGGAGAAGCCAAAGUGGAACAGCUUGCAGUAAGAUUUAAAACUAAAGAAAUGGCUGAUUGUUUUAAGGAAAAAUUUGAAGAAUGUCAACAGAAUUUAUUGAAACUCCAAAAAGGACAGGUGUCACUGAUAGCAGAGUUAUCAAAGGAGACAAAUCCUGUGGUGUUUUUUGAUGUUUGCGCAGACGAUGAACCCCUUGGACGUAUAACUAUGGAAUUAUUUUCAAACAUUGUUCCUCGAACUGCUGAGAACUUCAGAGCACUAUGCACUGGAGAGAAGGGCUUUGGUUUCAAGAACUCUAUUUUUCAUAGAGUAAUUCCAGGUUUUGUUUGCCAAGGGGGAGAUAUCACCAAACAUGAUGGAACAGGAGGACGGUCCAUUUAUGGAGAUAAAUUUGAAGAUGAAAAUUUUGAUGUGAAACAUACUGAUCCUGGCCUACUCUCUAUGGCCAAUCGAGGCCAGGAUACCAAUAAUUCUCAAUUUUUUAUAAUACUGAAAAAAGCAGAACAUUUGGACUUGAAGCAUGUGGUAUUUGGGUUUGUUAAGGAUGGCAUGGAUACUGUGAAAAAGAUUGAAUCAUUUGGUUCUCCGGAAGGGUCUGUUAGUCGAAGAAUUAGUAUCACAGAAUGUGGACAGAUAUAAAAUCAUUGUUUUUCAUAGUAAAUUUUGCCUGUAUAAACAGUUGAAUUGAAGCUUAGCCAUUAUGACAAUAUGGUAAUUAUGUUCAGCUUUUGAAAAUGGACGUUUCCAAUGUAUAAAUGUAAAAUUGCAGCUUAUAGCUGUUGUCACUUUUUAAUGUGUUAUAAUUGACCGUGCAUGGUGUGAAAUAAAAGUUAAAACACUGGUGUAUUUCAGGUGUACUUGUGUUUAUGUACUCCUGACAUAUUUGUAUUAAAAUGGAAUACUAAUCUUGUUAAAAGCAAUAGACCUUCUCAAACCAUUGAAGGAAUAUGAUAUAUGCAAUUUAAUUCCUUUUAAGAUAUUGGACCUCUUGCAUGCAUAUACUAUUUGAAUAAAGGGACCACAACUUGGAUAAUUUUUAUUUUAGAUUUGAAAUAUAUUUGGUAAUUUUAA